AAAUCAUAACGAUCUGGUCAUGAGUCAUGACUCAUGAAUAAGGGAAGGGCACGGCAGUUCCUAGGCUUUGUCCUGUUGCAGAAUGGUCUUUCCCUUAUCCCUCUUUGUCAUUGCCCCUACGCAAUCUUUAUCAUCUCAACUGAAAACUGACUCAGCUUUAACGUCACCAUAUCGUUAUCAUUAUCCUCUUUCACGCUUCCCAAGCUUCUCAUAAAUUUAGAUCUCUGCGCUUUUUUUCUUCCCAUCCCAUUCGUGAUCCGCUGUUUUGUUCUGAAUUGCUCUUGCUUUCGUUUCUGGGUUUCGAGGGUUUAAUUCCGAUGUUUUUGGGGAUUUUGGAGGAAACCCCUUUCGUUUUUUGAUCGAUUUUUGGGACCCUGGUUUCUGGGUUUGCUUUUGGGAGUUUGAUCCGAGAAUUGAUCGUGGGAAUUGGAGGAAGUGGGCUCAAGCAUUGUGCAUAUUAGCGGGUCCGCUUCUGAAAACCGAGGUUGGAAUCUGUCUCUUUGAUCAUCUUUUUCCUUGUCCUGAUCAAGCAUGUGGAAUUAGGUUUAUUAGGCUUUUGACUUUUUAAGGAAGCCGGUAGAGCUUUUGCUGAACUUUUUAGAUUAAGCACAUGUAUCAUAUCAGAUCAAAUAGCUUGUUUGGGUUUAGAGCUUAAUUUGUUUCUCGUCCUUGUUGAUUUCCCCUUUUUAAUUUGUUGAAAAUUUUCCAAUUCACGGUGAAGACUAAAACCCAGCUGUCAUUUCCCUGUAUCUUUCUAUUUUCGUUCAUUUUGUGAACCAAACAAAACCUCUCCUGAACAAAAUCAGUUCUUUUGCUUGUAAAUACUUGCAAACGAGGCCAAACUUGGGGUUAGUGGGAGGCUACCCGGAUCAUAGAUUAGGCGAUCGUUAUAUCCUUUUCUUUGGACUAGGUUUUUUUAACUAGUUAGCCUUUGAUAAAACCAAUCUUCUGAGCACCAACUUUUUCAUUCCUUGAGGAUCUGAGAUAUGGAUAUAAGUAAUGAGGCCAGUGUUGAUCCAUUCUCCAUUGGACCUUCAACAAUAGUUGGACGGACAAUUGCUUUCAGAAUCUUGUUCUGCAAGUCCAUGUCACAUUUGAGGCAUCGAGUUUUUCACGUCUUGUUGGAAUUGAUAUAUAAAUUUAGGGACAACAUAGCACCCAUGAUAUCAUGGUUUCAUCCUCGGAACCCUCAAGGGAUACUGGCUAUGGUGACAAUAAUUGCAUUCUUGUUGAAACGAUACACUAAUGUGAAAAUGAGGGCUGAGUUGGCUUAUCGGAGGAAAUUUUGGAGGAAUAUGAUGAGAACAGCAUUGACUUAUGAGGAGUGGGCUCAUGCUGCGAAAAUGCUUGAUAAAGAAACACCAAAAAUGAAUGAAUCAGACCUUUAUGAUGAAGAACUUGUGAUGAACAAGCUCCAAGAGCUCCGGCACCGCCGUCAGGAGGGAUCUCUAAGAGAUAUAAUCUUCUUUAUGCGAGCUGACCUGAUUAGGAAUCUUGGUAAUAUGUGCAAUCCUGAGCUUCACAAGGGUCGGCUUCAUGUGCCAAAGCGAAUAAAGGAGUAUAUUGAUGAGGUCUCAACUCAGUUGAGAAUGGUUUGUGACUUUGAUUCAGAGGAGCUUCUCUUGGAAGAGAAGCUUGCCUUUAUGCAUGAAACAAGACAUGCCUUUGGGAGGACGGCGUUGCUUUUAAGUGGGGGUGCUUCCCUUGGAGCUUUUCAUGUUGGUGUGGUGAAAACGCUGGUAGAGCACAAACUUUUGCCUCGAAUAAUUGCUGGUUCUAGUGUGGGAUCCAUUAUGUGUUCAGUUGUUGCCACCAGAUCUUGGCCUGAGCUUCAAAGUUUUUUUGAGGAUUCUUGGCACUCAUUGCAGUUUUUUGAUACAAUGGGUGGGAUUUUUACAGUGGUUAAGAGAGUUAUGACACGUGGAGCACUUCAUGAGAUCAGGCAAUUGCAGAAGAUGUUAAGGCAUCUCACAAGUAAUCUUACAUUCCAAGAAGCUUAUGACAUGACAGGUCGAAUUCUUGGAAUUACAGUUUGCUCCCCUCGGAAGCAUGAACCACCAAGAUGCCUUAACUACUUGACUUCACCUCAUGUUGUUAUUUGGAGCGCAGUGACUGCUUCUUGUGCCUUUCCUGGCCUUUUUGAGGCCCAGGAACUAAUGGCAAAGGAUAGAAGCGGAGAAAUCGUUCCUUAUCAUCCACCAUUUCAUUUGGGUGCUGAACAGGCUUCAGGCACGACCGCACGCCGGUGGAGGGAUGGUAGCUUGGAAAUUGAUUUGCCCAUGAUGCAAUUGAAGGAACUGUUCAAUGUCAACCAUUUUAUUGUGAGUCAGGCGAACCCUCACAUUUCACCAUUAUUGAGGUUGAAGGAGUUUGUGAGAGCUUAUGGAGGAAACUUUGCCGCUAAGCUUGCUCAUCUUGCUGAGAUGGAGGUCAAACAUAGAUGCAACCAGAUAUUGGAACUUGGUUUCCCAUUAGGAGGACUUGCCAGGCUGUUCGCCCAAGAUUGGGAGGGAGAUGUCACUGUUGUUAUGCCUGCCACACUUGCUCAGUACUCAAAAAUUUUACAAAACCCUUCUUAUUUGGAGCUUCAAAAGGCAGCCAACCAAGGAAGGAGGUGCACUUGGGAGAAGCUUUCAGCCAUUAAAGCCAACUGUGGGAUUGAGCUUGCUCUUGAUGAGUGUGUUGCAAUUCUCAAUCAUAUGCGUAGACUCAAAAGGAGCGCUGACCGAGCUGCUGCUUCUUCUCAUGGGCUGGCCAACACUGUCAGGUUCAAUGCUUCUAGAAGGAUUCCUUCAUGGAACUGCAUUGCAAGAGAGAACUCAACUGGCUCCCUUGAAGAAGACCUCUUCAUAGAUGUUGCUUCGUCAUUCCAUCAAGGAGUCAGUGGGUCCAUGGGAGGACAUCCUGGCCGGAAUUCACGGACCCACCGUAACUUACAUGAUGGAAGUGAUAGUGAGCCGGAGAGUGUAGAUUUAAAUUCUUGGACAAGAUCCGGUGGGCCCUUGAUGAGGACUACAUCAGCAAAUAAGUUCAUAGACUUUGUUCAGAAUCUGGACCUUGAUGCUGAACUGAACAGAAGUGGGAUGGGUGCUCCUAACUCUAUUGUCAUUCAGAUGGUAGGCAUGGAUCCAUACUGUCAAAACUCAAGGGUAACAACACCUGAUAGAAGCUCAGACAGCACAGAGGUUGACCAGAGAGAUCUCUACAAUAGAGCUCCAACAAAUGGAUCUAGCAUUAUGGUGACUGAAGGUGAUCUUUUGCAGCCUGAAAAGAUCCAUAACGGAAUUGUCUUUAAUGUUGUAAAGAAGGAAGAUUUGACACUGUCAAACCGGAGCCAUGACUCAGAAAGUUACAGUCCAGUUGCUGAAUGUGUUCAACUUGAUUGUCCAGAAAAGGAAAUGGAUGCCAGCUCAUCUUCUGAAAAUGGAGAAGAUGAUAUCUCUGCUGCAAAGUGCCCAAAUGAAAUGACUUGGAAUACUGAUUUCAUUGAUAAUUCUGGUGUAGAUGGUGGUAAUGGUCCGGGUGUUUUGGAUGGCUGAAAUUUGAGGGUCCAUGUUGCUUCAAUCAGUCUUAUAUCAAGUAGAUAGUUGUUAAAAGGGUAAAAGAUGCACUGCCAGUACCUGUACACAGAAGUAGAGGAUUCUUAUUCUACAAGAAAUUAUGAGGGAAGCGACUAACACUACUGAAAACGUCUAAUUCAGGUGUCGCCAUAGCCAUGUUGGAUUGCAUUUGUAAACCACUGCUGCAAUAUUCCUGUGAGCAGUUUCUGGCCUUCACUCUGCUAUGCGGCAAGUUGUUCAAUAAAGUAUGACCUAUUUUUGCCGUGAAAAAUUCAUUGUGACUGCCAUUAUUAGUCAAUAUACAAAUUUAUGUUGUCUGAUAUUACAAAUUUGAACUG